AUGGGGAGGGAAAAUCAAAGCAGCGUGUCUGAGUUCCUCCUCCUGGGGCUCCCCAUCCGGCCAGAGCAGCAGGGCAUGUUCUUUGCCCUGUUCCUGGGCAUGUACCUGAUCACGGUGCUGGGCAACCUGCUCAUCCUCCUGGUCAUCAGGCUGGACCCUCACCUUCACACCCCCAUGUACUUCUUCCUCAGCCACUUGGCCUUCACUGACAUCACUUUUUCAUCAGUCACAACUCCAAAGAUGCUCGUGAAUAUGCAGACACAGAGUCAAUCCAUCUCGUAUGCUGGGUGCAUUUCCCAGGUGUAUUUUUUCUUAAUGCUUGGGUGUCUUGACAGCUUUCUUCUCACCUCAAUGGCCUACGACAGGUACGUGGCCAUCUGUCACCCCCUCCACUACAUCACAAUUAUGAGUCAGAGCCUGUGUUUCCUGUUAGUAAUUGUGUCCUGGGUCCUAUCCUCUGCUAGUGCCAUCUUACACACCCUCCUCCUGGCCCGAGAAUUGUCUCCGGAGAACCAGAGCAGCGUGUCCGAGUUCCUCCUCCUGGGGCUCCCCAUCCGGCCAGAGCAGCAGGGCGCGUUCUUCGCCCUGUUCCUGGGCAUGUACCUGACCACAGUGCUGGGCAACCUGCUCAUCAUCCUGCUCAUCAGGCUGGACCCUCGCCUCCACACCCCCAUGUACUUCUUCCUCAGCCACUUGGCCCUCACUGACGUCUCCUUCUCAUCUGUCACCGUCCCUAAGAUGCUAGUGAGCAUGCAUACCCAGGACCAAUCCAUCCCCUAUGGAGGGUGCAUAGCACAGAUGUAUUUUUUUAUAUUUUUUACUGAUCUGGACAGCUUCCUUAUUACCUCCAUGGCAUAUGACCGCUAUGUUGCUGUAUGUCGCCCCCUUCACUACACCACCAUCAUGAGGCAGGAGCUGUGUGUCUUCCUAGUGGCUGGAUCCUGGAUCCUGUCUGGUGCCAGCUCCCUUUCUCACACUCUCCUCCUGACCCAGCUAUCCUUCUGUGCUGACCACACCAUCCCCCAUUUCUUCUGUGACCUUGGUGCUCUGCUCAAAUUGUCCUGCUCAGACGUCUUCCUCAAUGAGUUGGUCAUGUUUACAGUAGGCGUGGUGGUCAUUACUCUGCCAUUCACAUGCAUCCUGGUAUCUUAUGGGUACAUCGGGGCCACCGUUCUAAGGGUCCCUUCAACCAAAGGAAUCUGCAAAGCAUUGUCCACGUGUAGCUCCCAUCUCUCUGUAGUGACUCUAUACUAUGGGUCAAUAUUUGGGCAGUACCUCUUCCCAACACUGAGCGAUUUCAUUGACAAGGACAUCAUUGUGGCUGUCAUGUACACGGUGGUCACACCCAUGUUGAAUCCCUUUAUCUACAGCCUUAGGAACAAGGACAUAAAAGGGGCCCUGGGGAAACUCUGCAGUAGAGCAAUGAUUUUCUUCCAGUGA